AAAGAACAUUUUUAGUUCCCCUCGCUAAAUUUUAGCCAUAUAUCAGCAUCUAUUCCGUUUAGCUGGCCGUGGGCAACCUCUGCGAGGGAUGGAGAUGGAGUCGACGACUCUUCCUCUGCUGACACCGUACAAGAUGGGCGAGUUCAACCUGGCACACAGGGUUGUGCUGGCGCCGCUGACGAGGUGCCGGGCGUACGGGAACGUGCCGCAGCCGGAGCACAUGGCCGUCUACUACUGCCAGCGCGCGACGCCGGGCGGGCUCCUCAUCGCCGAGGCCUGCGCCGUGUCGGAGAGCGCGCGCGGGUACCCGGACGUUCCGGGGCUGUGGACCGACCAACAGGUGGAGGCCUGGAAGCCCAUCGUCGACGCCGUCCACGCCAGCGGCGCCGUCUUCUUCGCCCAGAUCUGGCACACCGGACGAGCCUCCGCCCCAGAAUUCCAACCAAAUGGGCAGGCACCGAUCUCAAGCACGGACAAGCAAAUCCCACCGCAGGUGAGCCAUGCCGGCGUCGUCAACACCUUCGCGGUGCCUCGAAGACCGGAAACAGAGGAGAUACCACACGUCGUCAACGACUUCCGGAUUGCCGCCAGAAACGCCAUCAAAGCUGGCUUUGACGGAGUGGAGAUCCACGCGGCAAACGGGUACCUGUUCGACCAGUUCAUGAAGGACAGCACCAAUGACCGUGACGAUGCCUACGGGGGCAGCCUGGAGAACCGAUGCCGUUUCACCGCCGAGGUGACGGCAGCUGUGGCGGCUGAGGUCGGCGGUGACCGGCUGGGCGUGCGCCUCUCUCCGUUCGCCGACUACAUGGACUGCCAUGACUCUGAUCCAGAGGCGCUUGGGCUUCAUGUCAUCGACAAGACGCUGAACCCGCUCGGCGUGCUCUACUGCCACAUGGUAGAGGCAAGGAUGCGGGUGAACCCAGAGGACGGCAACAAAAUGACCCUCCAGCAGAUGCUACUGCCGUUCAGGAGGGCGUUUCGGGUGACGUUCAUAGCUAGCGGAGGAUACGACCGUGAGGAAGGCAACGCCGCCAUCGCCCAUGGUUAUGCCGACCUGAUCGCGUACGGCCGGAUGUUCCUGGCCAACCCGGAUCUUCCGGCGCGUUUUGCCAAGAAGGCCGCGCUGAACAAGUAUGACAGGAGCACCUUCUACACCUCGGAUCCUGUGGUUGGCUACACUGAUUACCCAUUCCUCGAUCAAUUCUAGAUGAUUGGCAUGUUCCCUGCUGAUUUAGAGCCAGGUUUUUAGGGUACAGCAUGUGUAGUAUAGUAAUCAUGAUAUGUCUGUAUUUUCUGUAUUUUGUUUGUGCCCAAGACACUGAAUAACCCGGAAAGGAGAUUGCUUAUCAUGCACGAUAACCCGUAUUGAGUUGUAUCUACCAAUAUGUUUACCCUAAAAGAUUAAUUGCAGCCACCAUACAUCGAUGGUGCCAAUGAAGGUGUACGAGUGGGCCGUGUCGCCAUGGAUGGUGCGGGUGCUGCUGUGCCUUAAGGAGGCCGGCGUUGAUUACGAGGUCGUACCCAUGAGCAGGUCCGCAGGUGACCAUCGCCGAGCAUGCCCCCAGGGGUGAGUAUGUCUGUGUCUGUGUAAUUCUGGAAAAAAAAUUGUAUGUAUGUUAUCCGUGGAUGCGUCCCCUUAGCUUGUCACCAGAAUUUUGCACUGGUCUGGAUCGUCAUGGUUAAUCUAUCUGUUGAGCA